CCCCUGAGUCGCGGCAGAAGAGCAGCGCACAGCCUCGGGGAGCCCAGGCCCGGCAGCCAUGGCGGUGGAAGGAGGGAUGAAAUGUGUCAAGUUCUUGCUCUACGUUCUUCUGCUGGCCUUUUGCGCCUGUGCAGUGGGACUGAUUGCUGUAGGUGUGCGGGCCCAGCUCAUCCUGAAUCAGACUAUUAACCAAGGGGCCACCGCUGGCUCCCUGUUGCCUGUGGUCAUCAUUGCAGUGGGUGCCUUCCUCUUCCUGGUGGCCCUUGUGGGUUGCUGUGGGGCCUGCAAAGAGAACUACUGUCUUAUGAUCACAUUUGCCAUCUUCCUGUCUCUUAUCAUGCUGGUGGAGGUGGCCACAGCCAUUGCAGGCUAUGUGUUUAGAGACCAGGUGAUAUCAGAGUUUAAGAAGGAUUUCCAGAAGCAGAUGCAGACAUACCCAAGAGACAACCAAACGGUCAUACUCUUGGACAAGUUGCAACAAGAUUUUAAGUGCUGUGGGGCUAAUAACUACACAGAUUGGGAGAACAUUCUAGUGCCCAAGGGCAGAGUUCCUGACUCCUGUUGCAUGAAUGUCACUCUGGGCUGUGGGGUUCAUGCCAACGUGACGGAUAUCUAUGUCAAGGGCUGUGUGGAGAUGAUUGGGGGCUGGCUGAGGAGCAGAGUGUUGGUGGUAGCUGCAGCAGCCCUGGGCAUUGCCUUUGUGGAGGUCCUGGGAAUUGUCUUUGCCUGUUGCCUCGUGAAGAGUAUCCGAAGUGGCUACGAGGUGAUGUAGGGGGUCUGGUCUCCUCAUCGCCCUCAUCUAGGGGAGUGUAGUAUACCCCAGGUUUUUCAAUUAAAUGGAUUAUUUUUUCAGACUGAAAAGACA